AUGUGCAGAGGUGAAAUAUGUUCUAUUUGUCACUACAAAUCGUGGACCGGGUGUGGAAAUCACAUUGCUUCGGUGAUGGAUCCAACACCGAAGGAAAAUUGGUGUACAUGCGAACCAAUCGAUGAUUCUACAAACACGAAGUAUCCACCCAAGGCUGGUACUGGGUUCGCGAGAAAAACCACACCUGACAACUAG